AUGUACACACGGUUGGCAAUUGGACAGAUCUGCUCGACGGCGGAUAUACCACACAACCUGGAGCAGUGCCUCAAGCUGGUCAAGGAGGCUGCCCAUGCGGGAGCAAAGGCGAUCUUCUUCCCCGAGGCAUCAGACUACAUAGCCUCCUCGCCCCAGGAGUCCCUCUCCCUGGCCAAACCAGAGUCGGAGUCACCCUUCGUGCUGGGCCUCCAGGCCGCGGCAAAGGAGCACGAGAUCCACAUCAGCGUGGGGGUCCACGUCCCCGUCCCCGCCGAGCAGACACCGGCGGCGCCGGCGCCCUCCUCUCCCUCCUCGCCACCACCAGGGCCCGCAGCCACAGCCGCCACCAAACUCCUCAACCGCACCAUCUGGGUGCUCCCGACGGGCGAGGUCGACGAGGCCAGGAGCUACGACAAGCUGCACCUCUUUGACUACGGCAGCCUGCGCGAGUCUGCGCACACGCGGGCGGGGCCGGGCCUCGUGCCCCCCUUCGACACCCCCGUGGGCCGCGUCGGUAGCCUGAUCUGCUUUGAUUUGCGCUUCCCGGAGGCGGCGACGGCCCUCGCGCACCCGCAAGCCUCGGGCCAGGGCAAGGGCCAGCACUGGCAGCCCGCGCAGGUCCUCACGUACCCGUCGGCCUUCACGGUCCCGACGGGCGCCGCGCACUGGGAGGCGCUGCUGAGGGCGCGGGCGAUCGAGGCGCAGUGCUGGGUCGUCGCUGCCGCGCAGGCCGGGUGGCACUCGGGCGUGCCCGGCAAGGGGAGGAUCAGCUACGGCGGGAGCACAGUGGUGGACCCGUGGGGCCGCGUGCGGUGCGCCCUGCCCGCGGUGGAGGAGCGGGGGAGCGGGGAGAUGUCGGUGCCGGAGGGCGCGGUGGGGGCACUCGGCCUGGUAGACAUCGACCUGGGGCUGUGGGAGAGUAUCCGGGAGAGGAUGCCGCUGGUUAGGAGGAGGGAUGUCUUUUCUGAGAUGUGA